UCUCGUCUGUCAAGUAGUGUAUUAUUUGAAGAGAACUUGUGUGCGUAUAAAAAAAAUCACCACGUUUUCGAAUUACAUGAUUUCGUAAGCACAUUAUAUAGGAGGUUCUGCCUUGGAAAGUGCAAGUCAUUCUAAAUGGUUAAAGGCUCUUUUGUUUUUUCUCUUUCUAUAGUUCCUCGUUCGAUUUACUCUUGACAAUCGUGGUAAAGAGUAAACAGUCAAUUAUUUGUUAACAGCUGUUAAGCCUGCGAAUGUUUCAAACUUAUGUGUAGUUAUUAGAUUCAAGUAUAGUUUUGUUUUUCUUCAAUAAUGUUUUUCAAAGGCUCAAAUAUAAACUAUUUAUCCACUCGUUACCUUCUGACAUACAACUUUCUGCAAGUCAUUGGGUGGAGUUAUAUCUUGUUCUUGUUAAUAACCCAGUUUGGAAGGAAUGCUCUCUGGGAAACAAUUAAAUUACCCAUAAUUAUUUUUCAAAAUGCGGCACUAUUAGAGAUUUUACAUGCUCUUACUGGUUUAGUGAAAUCUAAUCCAAGCCUUACUAGUUUUCAAGUCUUUAGUCGAGUAAUAAUUGUUUGUGGAGUCUUACUAGCUACUCCUUCGACUUCUGCUCCAUCCUCAUUAGGACUUCCUUUAUCAAUACUGGCUUGGUCGAUAACAGAGAUUAUUAGAUAUAGUUAUUAUUUUGCAAAUCUCGUAGGAUACAUUCCAUACUAUUUGUCGUGGUUAAGGUACUCAACAUUCAUUAUUUUAUAUCCGAUUGGCAUCACGGGAGAGCUGUUGUGUCUUUAUGCUGCUACAGAGUUCGCUAGAAAAAGCUAUGAAGUAUGGAGUUAUGUACUACCAAAUAUGUGGAACUUUACUUUCAGCUAUUAUUAUUUUCUUAUUGCAGUAAUGUUAUUGUACAUACCACUAUACAAGCGAAUGUUCAUAACUUUAAAUCUGAAAGCUCUUGGGUUCAGAAGAUUGCAUUACGAGGUUAUGGGUAUUUUUGAGACUAUGUUGGAUAUUCUCGUGAGCUUUGUGUUGGACAAGGAGUCUAGAAAGUUGAUUAGCUCAUGGUUUGAACAUUUCCAAGUUCGCAGACUUUAA